AAUUACUCAGAAAAAGACCUGGAAUCUAACUUCUUCCCUUCUCUCCCUCUCUCUCUCUCUCUCUCUCACGCUAACACUCACACUUUGACACGCACACACAAAAAAUCUUCUUUGUUAAGUAAAGAAGUAAUUUAGGCAAAGAAGUUAAAGCAAGAAAAAGACGCAACAUUCUUUUCUCAAGUGAAGAAUUGCCCUUUAUUAAGUUUUUUCUUAGAGGACGUGCUAUACUACUAGCUAGCUAACUAUCAAGCUUUUCUGUAGAGAGAGAGAGAGAGAGAGAGAUGGAGAACUUAACAUCUUUGAUCCACCUCUUUGUGACAAUUUUCCUAUCAGGCUUUGCAAAUUUCAUGGGGGUUCCUGCCAUUACUGAUGUAACGAUGUUGGCACUUUGCCCUGGUCAAGAUGAGUGCUCGCUAGCCAUUUACCUCACUGGUUUUCAACAAGCGAUCAUAGGAUUGGGAGCAAUGAUAAUUACACCGCUAAUUGGGAAUCUAUCGGACGAGUAUGGGAGAAAAGCCUUGCUCACUCUCCCCAUGACUGUCUCCAUUAUUCCACUAGCAAUAUUAGCAUACAGCAUGGAGACCAACUACUUUUAUGCAUACUUCGUGAUCAGGACUCUCACUGCCAUGGUUUCCGAAGGCAGCAUCAAUUGCCUUGCUCUAGCUUACGUGGCAGAUAAAAUUUCAGAUGUAAAUCGAGCAUCAGCAUUUGGAAUUCUAGGAGGGGUGGCGUCAGCUGCAUUUGUAUGUGGAACCUUAGCAACUCGUUUUCUCUCCACUACUUCAACAUUUCAGGUUUCGGCAUUCAUGUCAAUCCUUGCAGUUGUUUACAUGAGAAUUUUUCUUAAGGAAAGCUUACCCAGUGGGGAUGAUAUAAGGCAGCCAAUCUUGAAGGGAGAACAGGAUGUUAUUAGAAGUGAUAGUGAUUUGGAAAAUAAAAGGCAAGUCUUUAAGAGGAUUCCAUCAGUGGGGGAUCUGAUUUUCUUGACAAAGAACAGUGUGCCAUUUUCACAAGCAGCACUUAUUUCAUUCUUCAAUAGCCUUGCAGAGGGUGGGCUGAUAGCUUCGCUAUUGUACUUCUUAAAGGCCCGUUUCCACUUCAACAAAAACCAGUAUGCUGAUCUACUGCUAAUUUUGGGGGUUGCAGGGACUAUUUCACAACUGCUUUUCAUGCCCAUGUUGGCACCUAUAAUUGGAGAGGAGAAGUUGCUUUCCAUUGGCCUCUUAAUGGGCUGUGCAAAUAUGUUUGUCAACAGCAUCGCAUGGUCAGCUUGGGUUCCUUAUGCUGCUCCUGUGUUUUCAAUCUUUACUAUUUUAGUGCAACCAAGCAUUCGGAGCAUUGCAUCGAAGCAAGUUGGGCCUAAUGAGCAGGGAAAGGCUCAAGGAUGCAUUUCAGGCAUAAGUUCCUUUGCCAACAUUAUUUCUCCAUUAAUGUUUAGUCCUCUAACAGCUUUAUUCCUGUCUGAAGGAGCACCAUUUAAUUUCCCUGGUUUCAGCAUUAUGUGUGCCGGGUUUACCAUGAUGAUUGCCUUCAUUCAGAGUAUUAUGAUAAAGGGAGUUCCUUCAAGUCACAAAACUGGCAAUAACCACAGCCUGGAGGCCUAGUAUAUAGAACUUCAAUGAUCUAUUCUUUUUUUUUUCUUUUUUUUUGUUGGUAAACACGAUGAUCUAUUCUAACAUAAUAGAAAUACCUCUUGCCUUCA